AUGAAAAUUGAAGAAUUUUCAUUCCCUCCUUAUGUAAGCUAUUCCCCCGAAUUGUCGUCAAACGAUUGGAACAAGGCACUUACCGCUUGGGGGGUAGGACUUUCGCUACUUCUUAAAGCUUCUGCUUCGGAAUUUGUUGAAGCAUUAUUAAGUAACAAGAGUUUACAAAAGUUUUUGAAAACUUUUUUUGCACUUCGUAAAAAAACUUCUAACAAAAACAACAGGCCUGAUUUUGGAGAAAAUGUUCAACAAUUAGAAAUAGAUUUGGACAAAAAAGUUUUAAUGGUAUUAUUACCAAAAGCUUUGUAUCGAGAACAAUUGAUUACCGAUGGGUUUUUGCUUGAUUUGGUUUCAACUUAUGGAAAAUCAAAUCCUAACUAUACAAAAAAAAUAUUUGAAAAUAUAAUUAAUUUUGUGCCAGAAUUGAUACAAGAUCUUGAGAAACUUCCAGUUAUUAUAAUAAAAUAUGUAAAUGCUAUUGAGGAUAAAUUUGGAAAGAACCAAAAUGAACCGUUGGAAGAAGAGAAAACAUAUUUAGCAUUUAUGAUAGACAUAUCGAUCACAUUGGAUUGUUUGUUUAGCAUUUCUAAAAAGAUUGCUAAAAUAUUUAAUGAAAGCACAGAUUCAGAUCAAAAUUUUUUAUUAAUAAUGAUAAAGUUUUAUGAUGAAGCAAUUCCGAUAAUGAAAGAAGUGUUAAAAAAUGAAGAUUAUGAAACCUCCAGGAAUUUGAGCAUAUUAAAAUAUUCGAUAGUUUCAAUGGUAUAUCGUAUUAUUGAUGCAUCAUAUUUUAGUUCUAUAGGUUAUACAAGUAAUGAAAAUGAUAUUUUAUCUUUUGAAAGACAUUAUAUAAAUAGGUUUUUGGAAGAAUUAAGAAAUAUGAAUCAAGACUCUGAAAGGAUACCUUGGAGAUUAAAAUUGGAAGAAAAGCUGAAACAACAUUCACAAGAUAUAAGUAAUAUAAAUUCAUUUAACAGAGAUGGACAAUCAUCUAAAAUAAAUAAUUUUGUGGAAACUGACAAGAUUAAAAUAAAUAAAGAAAUUGAGCAUGAUCAAAUGACAUUGAUAUUACAAGUUCAGGAAAUUUUACCAGAUUUAGGACAAGGAUUUAUCAAUGAAUGUUUGAAAUUUUAUGAUGGUAAUAUUGAAACUGUUAUUAAUCAUAUAUGUCAAGAUUCAUUGGAUGAUCAAUUGAAGAAACUGGAUAGAACAUUAAAUCUUGUAGAAUCUGAUGAUAAUUCUAUUGAAUCAAUAAAUAUAAGUUCACAAGAAGAAAAUCUAGUUGGCAAACGACAAAAUAUUUUUGAUAAUGAUGAAUUUGAUGUGUUCUCUGGUAAAGAACUUGAUCCAAGCCACGUUAGACAAGGAAAGAAAAUUGGUCUGAAAAUGGGAGGUUUUAAUUUACAUAUGGUUGAUGAAUUUGAUGAAGAAGCAGAUGCUGAAAGAGAAGAGAAAUCUAAGCUCGAUCCAGCCAUCAUUUGUGAAAGCGAAUUUAUUAAGGCCUUUCAAUCUGAUCCUUCUGUAUUUGAGAGAACAAAAGAAUCAAGAAAAUCACGUAACCGUGAGCACCUUAAAAAAAUCACACAGAUGACAGAUGAACAAAUAGAAGGAUGGUAUAUAAUGUUUCAACGAAAUCCAAGAAAAGAUAAAUUACUUGCGAAAUAUGAGUGGAGUGGAGAGCAAGAGCAAUUAAACUCAUCAUCAAAAAAUUUCAGAGUGGAAAUAAAGGAAAAUAUGGGAAUCACAAUCGAAGAAACGCACAUUCUAAAAAAAUGGCAAAAGGAUUUGGAUCAUUAG